GUUCCUCCCAGCUACGAAUUUCGCAUCCGUCUUGGGGAUUCAGUGACAAUUCCUAACUGCGGGAUCCCCUGCGACAGCUAUUACUUUAGUGACCCUGCGUCGCGUCGGUUUGCGCGCCUCUGGAUAGGCCUUUGGAGCUGUCUUUGUGCUGCAUCUACUCUUUUCACUGUACUUACUUUCCUUAUUGACACUGCACGCUUCCAGUAUCCGGAGCGACCAAUCAUCUUUCUCUCUGCUUGUUACUUUGUCGUGGCUAUCACUUAUAUUGCUGGUUUCAUACUCAACGAUAAUCUUCAUUUUUCAUCUUAA